AUGCUCAAAGCGGCAAAAAAUGUAUUCAAGGCUGAUGAAGAAUGCCCAGUGGUCCCAUUAGAGCCUCGAAGAGCUAAAGGAAACGAGAUUGCUGUCAUGGCCUGCGGCGAUUUCGUUGCUCCACAAGAAAAAUUUCUCGAGUUGGAGGGAGUAGAGCGAGUACUCCGGGGAUACACUGGUGGAGGAAAGGAGUUGCCUACAUCUAUCAAAAUUCAUGAUCAUACCGAAGCCUUGUUGAUCGAAUUCAAUCCAAACACAAUAUCCUACAGCCAAAUCUUGGUAGCUUGGAGGCAGUGUGUCGACCCAUGGGAGAAGGAAACGACUCAGCACCGUGCUGCUGUAUUCUGGAAGAGUUUAUCCCAGCAAAACGAAGCCUUAGAUUUUCUUGGCAGUCUACAAUCCCAACAACCUUCUAAAAAACUGCAUGCCGAAGUGGAACGAGCGCGUCGCUUCUUUCGAGCCCGACAACCAUAUGCCGCAAUUCCAGUCGAUCCAAAGCACGAAGACAACGAAGUCGCCAUUCUUGCCUGUGGAGAUGGGACUGGACCGCUAAAUAUGUUUCAGGAGAUCGGAGGCGUGCAACGUGUCAUCACAGGCUUGACUGGAGGCAAACAGGAGAAUCCAAAGGACGGCAAACCUUUGGAUCAUACCUGUGCGCUGAUGAUAGAGUUUGAUCCGUUAGUGUUGUCGUACCGUCAAAUCUUGGAAUUGUGGCACGAAUGUGACAAGUUCAAACAAGGAGAAAUAACAUUGCACACGCGAUCCGCAAUCUUUUGGAAGACACUUCCGCAGCAAGACGCAGCCUUGCAGUUCAUCGAGGAGCUGAAAGCCAGCAAACCCUCCACAGAGAUCUCGGUGGAUAUAGAACGAGUUCGAAAGUUUUACGAAGUGGAGGUUUACGACCCAAACGCAGCUACAAUAGUAUCGCCGCAGCAUCAAAAGGCCAAAUUUUCUCCCAGGAAUAGUCCUGUUAUUGUGCCUGGUCAGCAGAAACGCUUAAGCGCUAACCGAAAACCCUGCCUGAGUGAGGUUACAACACCGGUAUGGAAAACGAAUAGAAAAUAG